UGGAGCUGAAAUGUGUGUUCACCUGGCUUGGGUUCAAAGUGGAAAAGUAUGACGACAAGACUUCCAUAGAAAUUGAAACACUUUUGCAGGACUGGCAGUCUUCUGAGAAUUGGAAAGACAGUGACUGUCUGGUAUGCUGCAUUCUGUCUCAUGGAGAAUCUGGGAAGAUUUAUGGGACAGACGCAUGUCUGAUUCCAAUCCGUACCAUCAUGUCCUAUUUCACGGCUGACCGAUGCCCAUUGCUGGCUCGGAAACCUAAGCUCUUCUUCAUCCAGGCAUGUCAGGGUGAAAAGACGCAACAGCCCGUCUACCUCCAAACAGACUCCAACAAUGCUGACUCACUUGAACUAGAUGCACAGAGUUCAGGAUUUGUCUCUUUCCAGCAGUUGUCCUCAAGUAUUCCAGCUGAAGCAGAUUUCCUGCUUGGCAUGGCCACUGUAGAUGGUUAUCUCUCUUUCCGGCAUGUACAUCAAGGGACUUGGUACAUUCAGGCUCUUUGCAGUAAGCUGCGGCUCCUGGUGCCAAGAGGUGAAGAUAUAUUAUCCAUUCUUACAGAAGUCAACGAAGAAGUGAGCAAACGUGCAGAUACUCAAGGCCAAAGGAAGCAGAUGCCUCAACCAGCUUAUACUCUCAGGAAAAAAUUGAUCUUCCCUGUGCCUAGAGAUCCUUUUGUACCAUCAGAGUAGAGUUCAGAAAUGCAAUAAUUUAGAUUGCUAGGGACGUAGAGAGAUAAGGGUAGCGAGUUAAAAAAGAACAUACCCUUCUCUCUUGCUUUCAUUCAUUCUUUGUUGUGCUUUGAACAGGAAUACCUGUUGCUUCCGAAAGCUAUUUGGAUUGAUAUUUAAGAAUAUGAACAGGCAGACACUCUCCCCAUCUGCCACUCAUUGCAUAUGUCACAGUGGAUUUGGAUGGUCAGCACAUUUCUUGAGUGAGCCUGCUUUAAGAGAGCUGAAGUUAGACCUGGCAUGAUCUAACUAGGCUUGCUUGAUGGGGAAGGAGCAGAAACCAUUAAUGCUCAGGGGUACAUCUCCAAGCCCAGGAGCUAUUAUACACAGUGGAUGCCGGGCUGUAUUUGUUUAGUGCUUACUGAGGAGUAGACGCAGUUUGCAGACCUAUUGCCACGAAGCUGCCUUAAGUUAAGGGGCCUCCAUUGUAGAUCCUGCCUAAGUUCCAACUCUCUUGCAGGAAGUUAAUGAAAUUCAGAACAAAAUCCCUGUAAAAGGCAAUAGCUAGUAGUUCUGUUCCCCCUAUUCAAUGGGAAAAUGUUUCCUCUAGUCCACAGUAUGUAUGGAUUGUACAUUGUAAAUUUACAACUGUAAACUGUAUAUCUGAACAGUUGGAUUACAGUGAGGACAAGAGGAAGUAAAGCAAAAUGAGAAAUCACAAAGCGGUGUUUUUAGAGCAGUGAGAUAAGACUUCAGCAAAGAAAUAAUGCAUACAGGGGGAUUGCAAAGACUGGCAAAGGAAGACCCAAGCUCAGGCUGUUAAAAAAUGAAAAUUGUAUCAGAAGAGAAAUAAUAGAAAAGUCUUGAUUUUCUAUAUGUUCUGAAAACAAGUUCUUAUAUUUGCCUUCUAGAUAAUAGGCAGAAUCUCAUAUAUAGAUUCACAUUCCAAGAAUAAGCUAGGGAUGUCCAGAAUUUUGGAUUCAGAGCCAAAUGGGCAGUUUGGAGCAGGUUUGGGGGCAUAUGCACACCUUAUGGGGGCAUAAGAAGCUGUCUUUUCCUGGACAUGCCCAGUAGUCAUCCAGUCCCAGGAAAACAUGGGCUAAGGAAGCCCCAGUGGUACCUUUUGAAGGGCUACACAUCUCUACAAUUGAGCUCUUUUUUAUUUACGAUUUUUUCAGUGUUUUAAAUAUGUUGUGCAAUAGUUGCCAAACAUAAUAAGAACAGUCCUAGACGGGGUUCUACAACCCCAGGUAGGUCUAUGAGGAAAUACUGGAGCCAUUUCAUAAAAAUUCAGUGCAGAAGCAUGGGUCCCUGAUAUUUAAGAUAAUAGCAAAUAGUAUUUUGGACACUUUGUUUCGGUUUAUGCCUGGUCAUUUAGCUGUAGGUUUAAAUCUACAGGACCGAGUUAUGACUUUUUUUAAAUAAUGUAUGUUUUGACAUGUCCACCAUCUGGCCAGGGACAUAUUUAUUCCAGAUAUAAACUAAUGAUGGAAAAAACAUGGCACAAAACUACUGGGCAGUAGCUAAUAGAAAUAAAGUGAAGAACGUAAU